UAUAAUUAACUUCUCUACAGCAAGUUUGUAUUGAUUUCAGGCAAAAUCCGAAUUUGCUUCGCGUAGUAUUUUAAGUCCAUUACUUCCAGAAGCAGCAAUAUUGUAUCUGAACGAGUAUGGUCCAGAAAAAUUUGCUCAAACAUUUUUGGGUGAAUAUGACAAUCCCGAAAUAAUUUGGAACAAUGAAAUGAGGCGCCAUAUGAUUGAACGAAUAGCCGUUCACAUCAGCGAUUUUUCGGUUCGUUUGCCGUGCAACAUAAAAGCACUGUAUCAGUAUUGCCCAAUUCCGGCCAUCGAUUAUCCACAACUGGAUGGCGAACUGUUCUGUCAUGUUACAUUCCUGCGUUCCUGCUUAGCAGCUUGGUUGGAUGAAAUCGACAAGAAACCUCCAGCAAUGUCUUUGGAGCAGGCAUGUGCAACACUGCAGCUGUCCAGUGAUGAAGCCACGUGGACGGAUAAAGCAGUUGUUCGGCGUGCAUAUUUCAAAUUAGCGCAGAAAUAUCAUCCGGAUAAAAACCCGGAAGGACGAGAACUGUUUGAACAGAUCACUGCAGCGUAUGAGCUGCUUUCAUCGAAUGUACAGCAUUCUACUCUUCCAGAUUUGCAGCGCAUUAUUCUCUGUUUACAGGCACAAUCCCUUGUCUAUAUGCGUCAUUCGAAAGCAAAAGAUGAUGCUCUGUUUGCGGAAGGAGGGGGUCGUUUGCUGAGCGCAGCAGUUGAAUUAUGCCGAUACACUCUGAUAAGUUCUGCGUUAAAUGCCGAACAGCUGCGACGCGAUGCCGGCCUGGAAGCACUGCAAUUAGCAUUUGAACGAUGCGUUCCAAUGGUCACUUUGAGUUCCAAAGAAGAUGAUAUGGUUGUACAGCAUUUGCCAUAUCUUGCCUGCGCAGCUGCCGAAUGUGUUUGUUCACUGGCUGUCUGUACAAUGCUCCAAAUGCAUCUCUUUCAAGCAGGUGUUAUCUGGCAACUUGUACCACAUCUUUUCCAGUACGAUUAUACACUGGAUGAAGGAGAACUGAAUUUGACUGAAUUUGACUUUAAUCGUCCAAAAAGCAUCGAAUUUGAAUUAAAUGAGUUUGACUUUGAACUUUAUUACUCAAAUGGAAAAACAACGAGUUUAAUUACAAAUUUGGAAGUGGGUUGGAAUUUGCAUUCAAUAACGCAGCAAGGAAGUGAGUUUAAAUUUAGUUAUGUAGGGUAAAG